CCGCAUCAAUGGUUAAGCCAGCGGGGAUUGGCCCCGCCGCAGGUCACUGGAAAGCAGCUUGUGGCAUCGUAGACUUUCGCAAAAUGCCUUAUCUUACGAAACUCAUUUUGUUCUUGUUUUGCCUGGUGGUUCUUGUGGACAGCAGAAAGCCCAGGAGGAAGAGAGGGACGGGGCAUUUGGAAAUGCCCAAGCCAAGUCACCUGUCUAAGAAGAACCUGGACGUGACCAAAAUGCGGAAAGAGGAGGGCAGGCCGCUCCUGCGCGUGGAGGACCACGACUUCGCCAUGAGGCCUGCCUUUGGAGGCCCUGCCAUCCCAGUGGGUGUGGACGUGCAGGUGGAGAGCUUGGAUAGCAUCUCGGAGGUGGACAUGGACUUCACCAUGACCCUGUACCUGCGGCACUAUUGGAAGGACGAGAGGCUGUCCUUCCCCAGCACCAGCAACAAGAGCAUGACCUUCGACGGCCGGCUGGUGAAGAAGAUCUGGGUGCCCGACGUCUUCUUUGUUCACUCCAAACGGUCCUUCACCCACGACACCACCACGGAGAACAUCAUGCUGCGGGUGUUCCCCGACGGCCACGUGCUGUACAGCAUGAGGAUUACGGUCACUGCCAUGUGCAACAUGGACUUCAGCCACUUUCCCCUGGACUCCCAGACUUGUUCCUUGGAGCUGGAGAGUUAUGCAUAUACGGAUGAAGAUCUGAUGCUGUAUUGGAAGAAUGGGGACGAAUCCCUGAAAACAGAUGAGAAGAUCUCCCUGUCUCAGUUUCUAAUUCAGAAAUUUCACACCACUUCCAGGCUGGCCUUCUACAGCAGCACCGGCUGGUACAACCGUCUGUACAUCAACUUCACGCUGCGUCGCCACAUCUUCUUCUUCUUGCUCCAGACCUACUUCCCUGCCACCCUGAUGGUCAUGCUGUCCUGGGUGUCCUUCUGGAUCGACCGCAGAGCCGUGCCUGCCAGAGUGUCACUGGGUAUCACCACGGUGCUGACCAUGUCCACCAUCAUCACGGGCGUGAACGCCUCCAUGCCCCGAGUCUCCUACAUCAAGGCGGUGGACAUCUACCUGUGGGUCAGCUUUGUGUUUGUGUUCCUUUCGGUGCUGGAGUACGCGGCCGUCAACUACCUGACCACCGUGCAGGAGCGGAAGGAGCGGAAGCUGCGGGAGAAGUUCCCGUGUGAGUGUGGAAUGCUUCCCUCAAGAACCAUGAUGCUGGAUGGAAGCUACAGUGAGUCUGAGGCCAACAGCCUGGCUGGGUACACGAGAAGCCACAUUCUGACGGAAGAAGAGAGGCAAGACAAAAUAGUGGUCCACCUGGCCCUGAGCAACGAAUCCAGUUCCGCCAGGAAGAAGGGGCUUCUGAAGGGCCAGAUGGGUCUUCGCAUCUUCCAGAACACCCACGCCAUUGACAAAUACUCCAGGCUGAUAUUCCCUGCCUCCUACAUAUUUUUCAACCUCAUUUAUUGGUCAGUGUUUUCCUAA